AUGGACAUUAAAUGUGCCAGUAAGCUGAGACAGACACAGUCAGGGAAGAAGAGAACAGCACCCCAGCAGCCCACCACUAUCCUACAGCUGCUCCCAGCAACCAUGAUGCCUCCCGGCGCCGCUCCCUCCAUUAGGCCUUGUGGUCACGUCAAGGAAGACCUUGUAGAGAUGAUGAUGAUCCAGAAUGCCCAGAUGCACCAGGUCAUCCUGAACAACAUGACCAUGUCAGCCCUCGGCUCAUUCGGCGACUCUGGCCCUCCACCUCUCCCUGUGGCCACCGAAAGUGUAGCAAUAAUUCACGAGGAAGAAGAGGACCCAGGAGUGUACCAUCACUAUUACCAGGCUGCCACAUACUUGUCCUACCCGGCGUGGUUCCCCCCACCCCUGCCUCAACCCACACUGGGUUAUCAAGACCCUGCUGAAGCCUUGGAGCCAGCCUCCCUUCUGUCACACAGAGACAGGCUCGCUGUCCCUCCGCCUCCCCCACCCGGUGCCACCAGAGCCGCAGGAGCCGACAUCCCUCCUGCAGCAGGAGGAUUUGACACUUCUGCUUAA